AGGAUUAAAGUUUCAUGACAGUAUAAAGGACUGAAGCAAGAGCCUUUAAGUUUAUUGAACAUUUGAAAGGAUUUUCGUUGUCAUCAACUCGUGAUGAUUUUUCUAGCACUUCUUAUCGUCGGGGCUGGAGCCUUAAGGCUGCCUGAGGAUAAACCUGUUGAUUAUUCGGGAUACAAGACACUUCGCGUGGCGCUGGAGUCGGAGGGUCUUAAGGAACUGGUAAAGUUAAUGGUGGAAACUGAAGUUAUCUCCAUCAUGGACGAAGGUCUUGGAGAACAGAUCGAUAUUCUUGUGAGCCCUCUGGAGCACCCUGGUGUAAAGGGCAACCUUGAUGGAGCUAAUGCUAAGUAUCAGGUUUUGAGUCAUGACGUAGGAGCUGAUAUCGAGGAGGAGAGAUUGGAGAUACUACAGGCUGUUCCCGGAGUAUUCGACUUCAGGAACUACUACGCAGUUAAGUACCAGCACUCCCAUCUGGACGCGCUAGUGUCUCGACAUCCUGACAAAGCUGAGACUUUCAGUAUCGGAACUUCUUACGAGGGCAGAGACAUGAAGGUGAUCAGGAUAAGCAACGACCUCGCUAACGCUGACAGUAAACCUAUGAUCUGGAUAGAUGGAGGUAUCCACGCUCGGGAGUGGAUCUCAUCUCACACUGUCCUCUACAUUGCUAACAGUCUUCUCUCAGAGAUCGACACCGGACUAAAAUCUCAGGUGACAUCCAUGCUAGACACCUACCAGUUUGUCAUCUUACCAAUGAGCAACCCUGAUGGAUACGAGUACUCCAGGACCCACAACAGGAUGUGGAGGAAGACAAGACGACCAUCCGGCUGUAAAUACGGUUACACUCGACCGGACGGAAGCUGCUACUACGGGCAGUGCUAUGGCAUUGACCCUAACAGGAACUUUGAUGCUGAUUUCGGACGUCAAGGAGUGAGCAGUAACCCUUGUAGUGAUGUUUACCCAGGAAAGAAGGCUUUCUCUGAGAAGAAUACCCAGGCUAUGCGGGAUUACCUUCUCAAACACAAAAGCAAUGUCAAGCUUUACCUGAGUUUCCACUCUUACUCUCAACUCUUCUUGAAACCGAUUGGAUUCGACCGAACCCCACCAAAAGACCAUGCAAUUCAUGACGCUGCCGGAAAAGCUGUUGUCGAUGCUAUUAAGAAGUCACACGGCAAAGUGUACCGGAACAUCAGGAGUGUAGAGCUCUACCCGACUAGCGGCUCCUCUGCAGACUGGAUCUAUCUGGAGGGGGUUGUUAACUCCUACACUAUCGAGCUCAGGGAUACUGGCAGAUACGGGUUCAGACUUCCCACUUCCCAGAUCAUUCCUACUGGCGAAGAGAAUAUUCGUGGAUUCAUUGCUCUUGUUGGCACUUUGUAAUUGAUUGAAAACUUAACAUAGAGUUCUAUCAUUCACUUUUGAAAAAGUAGUAGACAUUAAACAGCCCCUUUCAUGGCUCAAAUUGUUUUCAAUCUUUUGUA